UUCCCUCUUUUCCCGUCCCCGCCUCGCUUCUCUUUCCUUUCCCCGCCCGUAUCCCCGGCAGCGCCCAAGGCCAGGCUGGACGGGGAUAGUGGAAAGGAUCCCAGCCCACUGCAGCUUGCCGAUGCCCUAAUUAACACCAAAAUCCUUAAUUAGCGCCUCAUUAACCGCCCGUUAUCUCCCAGCUCCUCCAGUUCCCACCUUUCCCCUCAGAAUCUCCCGCGCGCGGGACGGGCGGCGCUGAGACUGCAACUCCCAUCAGCCCCCGCGCGCCCCACGGCGCGGAAGCGCCGCUCUGCUGUCGCAGGGAACGCUGGGAGUUGCAGUCUAAACGCGGGCCCGCGCGGCGAACCGCGCUCUCUGAUUGGCUGCCAAGCCGGAGGGGCGGGUCCAACGCGAAGCCGCGCGGUGUUCGGCCAAUGGCGGACGAGUACCGGUGAUUGACACGGCUCUCAGCCAGUAAAGGCGCAGGGCGGGCGGUUCGAAGGCGCGCGGCUGAAGGCGGGAAGCGACCAUGGCGGAGGCGGCGCUGAGGAGCUGCGGAGCCGCGGGAACGCCCCGGAAACGGAGCCGGGAUCCCGACGGCUUCUCCUGCUGGGAAUUCCGGACCCCGGAGCGCAAACGGCUCCGAGCCCUUCCCGAGCCCCCGGCCCGGAAUUCCCACCAGGAAAACCGGGAGGAGGAGGAGGAGGAGGAAGCUUUUCCCGGGAAAUCGGCGCGUUCCCUGAGAUUGGACAUCCCGGCGGGAAAUUUGGGAAUUCCCGGGAAUUCCCAGCCCGGCUCCACCUCUUCCCACAAUUCCCAACUUCCCGUGGGGGCUUUUUAUGGGAAAAGGAUUUACCUGGAUCCUCUGGAGAGGAAACGGCUCCGGGAGCUGCUGGGAGAUGGCAACAGCACGGAAAAACCUGGGAAUUCUGGGAAUCCCGGCGGGAAUUCUGGGAAUCCCGGCAGGAAUCCCAGCAGGAAUUCCAGCGGGAAUCGCAGCUCCAAAAGCAAACCCAAUCCCAAGGCCCGGCGGGAGAUUCCCAAAGGGAAAAGCAGCGGGAACGCCGGGAAUUCCCGGAGUUCCGAGGCUGGGAGUUCCCAAAAUUCCCGGAUUUCCCAGAAUUCCCGGAAUUCUGAGCGAUUCCGGGUGCUGAGCGCGGGCGUGCGGCCGCCGCUGCGGCUCCCACUGGGCUCCGCCUUCUUCCUGAGCGGGAAGAGAUCCCGGAAAAACCCCGGGAAUUCUUCCGGGAAAAGCUCGGGAGACUCCGGAGCCGCCUCCAGGGAUCCUUCGGAAAAGGCGUGGCCCGGGCCGGAAAAAGCGGGAGAGGCGGAAAAAGCGGGAGAGGAAAGCGCGGGAAGGAUUCCAGAGGCUCAGGAAGAGGAGAAGGAAAACCGGGAAUGCUCCGGAGAGCCGGGAACGGCCGGGAACGGCACCCGGAAUUCCGAGGGGAAGGAGGUGAGAGCAGGGAUUGGGGAGAAUUCCAGGGAAUUCCCGGAUUUCACCCUCGGGAAGGGCUCAGAGGGACCCAGAGAGGGAAUUUCCUUGGGAAUUCCAGGGAGGUUCCUUUGGGGAUUCCCUUGGGAUUUUCCUUUGGGUUUUCUGGGGGAAUCCUUGGGAAUUCCUUGGGAAUUCUCUUGGGAUUUUCCUUGGGAAUUCCUUUGGGAUUUUUGGGGGGAUUCCCUUGGGAUUUUCCCUUGGGAUUCCCGGGGGAUUCCUUGGGAAUUUUUUGGGGAUUUCCCUUUCCUUUGGGAUAUCUUCCCAAGAGCUCCUGAUUUUCCCUGGGAAAAGCCGGGAUCGGAAUUCCAGCUCCACUUUUCCCGUUCUUUUCCCCCAGCCGGGAUCAAGGCACCGAAUUCCCGCUGA